AAUUCUGGUAAUUGCCAUGGCUGUCAUAUUUCUUCAUUCCUUUUGUAUUGUUUGUCGGAAAUAUCCAAUGUAUUGACAAAAACAAACUACCAGCAAUCAAUACGAAAUGCAACCAUCGCCAUCUCUUUCCAACUUCUAUUCCAUCCUACUUCUCUUUCAUCGUAUCCCUUUGGUCGGCGCACAAAUUCAAAAAUACAAGCACUGAUCACAGAUCCCAAACUCAAUUCUCAAUACAAUUCAUGACGGCAACGAGAGAACAACACAUCCCAGUGUGAGAGUUACCGAGCUAAGGCCUAAGCAAAGUAAUCAAACCAAAAGAAAAAGAAUAAAAAUGUUGCAAUUUGUUUAAAGAAAAAGUUUUUUUAUUAACACAAAAAAAAAAUAAUAAACGUCGAUUUGUUUAGGCUUUGAACGCGCUAAGCUAAUCAAGUUCGUGUGAAAUUUGUUAAGUGUUGUUUUAAAUGUUUUCUUGUUGAGACGAAGUAAAACAGAGCCUAGGCGUAGUAGUGUGUGUGUGCAGUGUACAACGACGACUUGGCUUAGUGUGAGAACAAAAGAAACCAAUUUAAACUUCCCCCUCUACACAUAAAAUUCCAUCGUCACCCUGUAUUCCGUGUGAUUUGUGUCAAUCGUUUUGUUGUGCUGUUGUUUUGUGCAUAAUUUUCUGCUCUUGUCAUUGUGUGCGUGAGAGAAUUUCAAAAAGAAAAAAAAAAACGAAUUCACAAAACCUUUUUUGACAAAACAACCAACGAACCAUGGCCGCUACACAAACCACAGCUGGUUUCCAAAUCAUGCAGGAUGCUGGAAAGGAGAAUCCUCGCAACAUGAUCAAAGAGAAGACCAUGAUGGCUGGCAAGUCGGCAUCCAAUAUCUUGCAGCCUUUGGGUGCCAGCUCUCUGGGUGUUGGUGGCGUCUCUAUGAAACAAGGACGCGCCAAUUUUGCCGUGCUCAAUUCAAAUGCCAACGUACGUACGGCGGCGGCAGCCGUUCACAACAAUAAUAACAACAACAUACAUGGUGUACAUACAGGAGUAGCCGGCUCUAAAGUGGCCUUCCGCGAUGUUGGCAAUGUUAAAAACAGCACAAAGGACGACCAAACAUUGGGUGGUAAAAAAUCAACAGUGGUGCCGGUGGAACAAUUUAAAACCUUUUCCGUUUAUGAGGAUCACAAUGAAAACGUCGAACAACAGCAAUUGGUGGCCGCUAUAAAUAAACAAAAUGAUGCAGUAACUAGUCAGGAUGUUGUUGACAAGGAAAAUGUUUUUCAUGAAAAACAACAACGUUUACAGCAACAACAACAACAUCAUAAUAUUUUAAGUGAAAGAAGUGACCUUCAUCACAAAUUCGAUGACAAUCAUGAUGAAUAUAUUUUGGAUACAACCCCAAUGUCCGUAUCGGAUGUUCUAUCGCCCAUGUCUGUGGAUCGUAGUGCAUCGGCUGCGAAAUUUUUCGACAAUAGCAAUGUCAAGAGUGUUGCUAAAACAAGCGAAGACCUAGAGGAUGAUAAGUCAGCAGUGCCACGCAACGAUCGCCAGCGUUUCUUUGAAGUUGUGGAAUAUCAACGCAAUAUUUUGGAGUACUUCCGUGAAAGUGAGAAAAAACACCGCCCCAAGCCACACUAUAUGCGCCGGCAAACGGACAUCAACUAUUCGAUGCGUACCAUUUUGGUUGAUUGGCUGGUUGAGGUGUCUGAGGAAUAUAAUUUGGAUACAGAAACUCUGUACCUGUCUGUAUCCUAUAUUGAUCGAUUCCUGAGUCACAUGUCGGUGGUGCGCAACAAAUUGCAGUUGGUGGGAACGGCAGCUAUGUACAUUGCCUCGAAAUAUGAAGAAAUCUAUCCCCCAGAUGUCUCGGAAUUUGUUUUCAUCACUGAUGACACCUAUAGCAAGGCCCAGGUUUUGCGCAUGGAACAAAUCAUUUUGAAAAUUUUAGCCUUUGAUUUGUGCACACCAACGGCCUAUGUGUUCAUUAAUACCUAUGCUGUGCUCACCGAUAUACCGGACAAAGUGAAAUUCCUUACUUUGUACAUUGCGGAAUUGUCUUUGCUGGAAGCUGAUCCCUACCUGCGUUUCCAUCCCUCAUUGAUAUCAGCUGCUGCUUUGGCCUUGGCCCGUUAUCUCUGUAAGUUGCCAAUAUGGUCAGCUGAAUUGGAGGAAAUCACCACAUAUCGUCUGGAGGAUUUGAGGGAAGUUUUCCUGUGUCUAUGCAAAACACAUGUUGCUGCUGCUGCAUUGCCCCAACAAGCCAUACAGGAGAAAUACAAGGCAGAGAAAUUCCGUUCCGUCUCCACAAUAGAAGCCGCCAACAUUGAUGACGAACAAUUUGUCGAAAUUGUUAACAAUUACAAUGAAAAACAAAAACAGGAACAACAAACAGCAGCAGCAGCAAAUGGCGGUGCCACAGCGUCAACGCCAGCUUCUUCAUCAAAAGUGAAUUUGUUUUUUAAGUUUGAUUAA